GGUCGAAUAACAAUAUUAUUCCAAUACGAAACGAGUUAGCUAUUUGGAAUGGAAUAAGCAAAAACGAGCCUCAGUGCGGCGUAGGUGAGCGCCGAGAACGGGUAAUAUUUCGCGUAAAUUUUUUCGAUUUUCCCCGCGAUCAAUAAACCGCCCCCAAGGCGAGCAGGGCGCAUGUCCUCUUACCUGUCCGUCCGUCGGCCAGCCGUUUUUGUUGUGUUACAUUUCACCGUGCGUGAGCGCGUCGAGACGGCGACAUGUGUGGGAAAUUGUCGGGAUAAUUUUCGGGUGUCGGUUUCGGUCGAGAGAUGAAGUUGAUUCCGGUGAAUUACCAGGGCUUCACGGCCAUGGACAGGCGGUUCUCCAGCCCGAUGUUGCCGUGGAUCGUGUCGGAGAUCAGGAAGAGGAAUUGCGUCGAAAAAGCUAUUUUGUCGGGGUACCCAGUUGGGUAUAUGCAUUGGUAG